CAGAACGAAUCGAAUUGGAAGUUGAAAACUCCUCCACCUCUAGUUCUGUAUUUCUUCACAGAUCAUCGAAGAAAAAAUAUGUUGAAAUUCUUGAAAGGAGUGGUAGCCGGAUCUGGAACUGGGCUCAAGGAUCUACCUUACAAUAUUGGAGAUCCUUAUACUUCUGCUUGGGGCUCUUGGUCUCACUUUCGUGGCACCUCCAAGGAUGAUGGAUGUCCUGUCUCUAUCUUUUCUCUUACCGGAAGUAAUCCUCAGGAUGGCCAUUUAACUGCUGGUCGAAAUGGUGUCAAACGUCUUCGAACUGCGAGGCAUCCAAAUAUCUUGUCAUUUCUUCAUAGUACCGAGGUUGAAUCUUUUGAUGGUCCUAGUCCGAAAGUUACAAUCUAUAUUGUCACGGAGCCUGUUAUGCCAUUGUCAGAGAAGAUCAAGGAACUCGGUUUAGAAGGUAAACAAAGGGAUGAGUAUUAUGCUUGGGGGCUGCACGAAGUUGCUAAAGCUGUUAGCUUUUUAAAUAACGAUUGCAAACUUGUUCAUGGCAAUGUUUGUAUGUCAAGCGUUGUUGUAACACAGACGUUGGACUGGAAGUUACAUGCUUUUGAUGUUCUAUCGGAAUUUGACGGGGCAAAUGCAACUGCUACAGGGCCAAUGCUGCAAUAUGAAUGGCUUGUUGGAUUACAAUACAAGCCAAUGGAGCUGGCAAACUCUGACUGGGCCACAAUCAGAAAAUCACCACCAUGGGCUAUUGAUUCUUGGGGUUUGGGAUGCCUUAUUUAUGAGAUUUUCUCUGGGACAAAGUUGGGAAAAACCGAGGAGCUGCGCAACACUGCAUCUAUUCCAAAGUCUCUGCUUCCGGAUUAUCAGCGGUUAUUGAGCUCUAUGCCUUCCCGUAGGUUGAAUACAUUAAAGCUUAUAGAAAAUAGUGAAUAUUUCCAAAAUAAGUUGGUGGACACAAUACAUUUUAUGGAAAUUCUUAGUUUGAAAGACAGUGUUGAGAAGGAUACUUUCUUCCGUAAGCUCCCUAAUUUAGCAGAGCAGCUUCCACGCCAAAUUGUGUUGAAGAAGUUACUUCCUUUGUUAGCCUCUUCCCUUGAAUUUGGUUCAGCUGCUGCCACUGCUUUGACUGCACUGUUGAAAAUGGGUUCUUGGCUUUCAGUUGAAGAAUUUAGUCUGAAGGUACUGCCUACAGUUGUGAAACUUUUUGCGUCUAAUGACCGAGCCGUUCGGGUUGCUCUCCUACAGCAUAUUGAUCAAUAUGGGGAAUCUUUAUCAGCUCAAGUUGUUGAUGAGCAAGUCUACCCCCAUGUUGCCACUGGAUUUGCAGACACAUCUGCGUUUCUCCGAGAAUUGACUCUUAAGUCCAUGCUUAUAUUGGCUCCUAAGCUUUCGCAACGUACUUUGUCAGGCUCAUUAUUGAAAUAUCUUUCCAAGUUACAGGUCGAUGAAGAGCCUGCAAUUAGGACAAAUACCACCAUAUUACUGGGAAACAUUGCAAGCUACCUAGACGAAGGGACACGGAAGAGAGUUUUGAUCAAUGCAUUUACAGUCCGUGCAUUGCGUGAUACUUUCUCUCCUGCCCGAGGAGCAGGAGUUAUGGCUUUAUGUGCCACCAGUUCUUAUUAUGACAUGACUGAGAUCGCUACUCGGAUUCUUCCAAAUAUUGUUGUACUCAUUAUUGAUCCUGACAGUGAUGUAAGGUCGAAGGCAUUUCAAGCAGUUGAUCAAUUUUUACAGAUAGUGAAGCAGUGUAACGAGAAGAGUAAUGCUGGAGAUACAGCUGAUGCUGGAAGUUUAGGGAUUUCAUCAAUGCCAGGAAAUGCUGGUUUACUGGGAUGGGCCAUGAGUUCCUUGACUCUUAAAGGCAAAGCGUCUGAUCAAGCUCCAGUUGCUACUGCCAAUUCCGUCAGGCCUGCAACUAUCACAUCAUCUACAUCCAGCCCAGGACCAUUAGAAACUCCAAGUACAGCACCAGUCCACCGUGUAAGUUCUAGUACAGAUUUUGCAGAUCAACCCAUGCCUCCAUCUCCUACUUCAACCGACGGCUGGGGAGAAAUUGAAAAUGGCAUUCAUGAAGGGCAGGACAGUGACAAAGAUGGAUGGGAUGAUAUUGAACCCCUUGAUGAGCCAAAGCCAUAUCCAGUCUUGGCAAAUAUUCAGGCAACUCAGAAGCGUCCUGUUUCACAACCAGUUUCUCUGCCUAAACCACAAGCUUCUACGAGUUUGAGACCAAAAAGUACAGUGAAGGUGAAUAAAGAUGAAGAUGAUGAUUUAUGGGGUUCGAUAGCAGCAGCUCCUCCAAAAUCUGCUUCUAAACCAUUGAGUGUAAAAACAGCUGGAGCAGUUGAUGAUGAUGAUCCAUGGGCAGCUAUUGCAGCUCCCCCUCCAACAACCAAGGCAAAGCCUUUAUCAGCAGGAAGGGGCAGAGGAGCUAAAGCAGCUGCUCCCAGAUUGGGUGCACAGAGAUAAAUCGUACAUCCUCAACCGGGAUGUAAAUCAUAAGGGAACAGAACAAAAAUUGAGAAAAAGAGAUCAGGUUUUGUAUACUUUUCUGUAUCUGGUGACUGGUUUCACAUUAAAAUUUCAUGGAAAUCUCUGUUGCGUACCAAGUAGUACUGUGACAUUAUUUUAUUUGUAACCAUUCUUUCGCACAAAAUGUUCACUGGUGUGCUUCUUGCUUGUUUCAUUGUUACUAUAAAGAAUCUUAGCCCUUGAGAA